UCCGUCCAAACUGUACUGCAUUGUCAUCUGGCACUUUUGCUCCGUCUGUUUCAGUUUACUUCUGCUUCUCCAGAAACAUCCUCGCCACCUCAAGAGCAGGCCGACAAGUGGCAGUGGCCUUCGGCGUCCUUCUGUCGUGGCCAGGCGGGACCCCAGUCUACGGAUGCUAAGGAGGAUAAAAGAUCGACCGCCUCGGUUACCAGAAGCCGGAAGUUUGGCUCCGGGCUACACCAGUGCCACAAGCAUCUUCAUGAGCACUGUUCGGGGGUAACUGAAAAGUGGGAAGAUCGGACGCCGUCUUCAGAGCACUUAUCUUGGCCGCGUAAGUAUUUCUCGGCUACAGCAAUCUGA